GCUUCCGCAUCUUCCUCGGCCGCAGUGUCAGCCAUGGUGCAGCGCGUGUCGCAGGCGUACCUCGAGUGCCGCCGCAGCGUCACGGCCAAGGUGGACGAGGUGAAGCUGCUGGACGAGCAGAUCGCCGCCGUGUUCCAGCAGAUCUCGGCGCUGUCCGAGGCCCCCGAGGGCGAGGAGGAGCUCUCUGAGGAGGCCAAGGCCGCCGCCAAGAGCGUGGGCCGCCUGGAGGUCACGCUCGCCGGCGUAGAGGGUGAGGAGCCCGCGCCCAACACCACCAUCACCGUCACCCUGGACCCCGAGUACGAGGCCGACGAGUACGAGACCGUGGAGGAGGUCGUGGAGAAGAAGGACGUCGUGGUGACGGACGAGCACGGCCACGUUGUGGAGGACGGCCAGGUGCCCGAGGAGGACGGCGAGAGCACGCCGCGCAAGCUCAAGACCACCACCAAGAUCACGCGCACGGUCAUCAAGAAGCGCGUCAAGAAGGAGAAGGAGCCGGUGGUGCGCACCGUGGCCUGGACGGCUGCUGCCAAGAGCGAGGAAGGCGAGGAGGUGUCGGACGCUGCGGCGCUGACGUUCCCCGCCACGUUUGUCUUCGACCCUGUGCAGUCGCGCGAGGCGGUUGUGACGAUCACGGUCGCCCCCGCCGCCGCGGCCUCGUCGAACGAGGAGGAGCCGGAGCCGAUCAAGGAGAUCGAGUUCCCGAUUUCGUCGCUGUUCCAGGGCAGCGCGCUGGACAAGUGGUACACCACCACGGACGAGGAAGAGGAUGAGGAGCCCACGACCAUCACGGAGCUGGUGCAGGAGGCUGUGCUGGAGGCGAUUCAGGAGGAAGUUGCUGCUGAGGAGGCUGAGAAGGUUGAGGAGGCGAAGAAGGCCGAGGAGACCGUGGAGGCUGAAAAGGCCGAGGAAGCUGAGAAGUCCGAGGAGACUGAGGAGACCGAGGAGGUUGAGAAGACCGAGGAAGCUGAGAAGUCCGAGGAGACUGAGGAGGCCGAGAAGUCCGAGGAGACCGAGGAGACUGAGAAGUCCGAGGAAGCUGAGAAGGUCGAGAAUGCCGAGGAGACUGAGAAGGUUGAAGAGUCCGAGAAGGCUGAGGAGUCUGAGAAGACUGAGGAGGCCGAGAAGUCCGAGGAGACUGAGCAGGUUGAGGAAGCCGAGCAAGUGCAGGAGGAGCCCAAGCCGGCUGUCAGCCGUUUCCACGUGAAGGCGAACUUCGUCCUGUCUGAGGCCGAGAAGCUGAGCAUUUCGGUGGUGGCUCUGUCCAAGAAGAAGCAGGAAGCCGAGGCCACCCUGCAGGUGCUGGAGCGUGAGGCUGCCAGCCUGCGCACCAAGUACGAGCGUCUGAACGCGAGCCAGCGUCAGCUGAACGCCUCCAGCGUUUCCAAGCCCAAGUCCAACCUCCUUGGCGGCCGCUUCGGCGCCGGUGUGCCUGUGCAGCGCAAGACGUGGUUCCAGAGCUCUCGCGAGCGUGCAAACGCCUUCAUCACCAAGCACCAGCAGGUGCUCAUUAGCGUCGGCAUGUUCGCUGGCAGCGUGUUCCUCUUCCAUACCAACGGCGAGAACCUGCUGGCU